AUGGCGUCGCCUUGGCCCCUGAAUCCACCCUUGCCGUCGAGUCCUAAGCCACAGAAGCGCCGCCCAUCGGGCUCGUCGAGCCAUUUGGUCCGACGAUGGAAGAGUGAUCCAGCGGGGCUGAGCAACGGAGAGGGGACGAGAUUGGAUUCCAGUGCUUCCUCCAGCUCCGUGCAGGUCCAGGAGAAGGAGACAUCUUUGUCGCACUCCUUGGCAUCUUCGGGCAAACACCUGCUUUCGGUGCAAUCUGGAUGCUGUGAGAAGCAGGUCCGGUUCCAGGACGAGGUGGAGUCCAAGUGCAGCACGCAAUCCUUGACAAAUCCAGAGGAUCUUCAGUGUGCAUCCUUGAUCCCGGCCAAGUCCAUCGUGGAGCUCGCGAGUCGGGGGACCUUUACAGGACCUUUUGACGUCGACUUUGAGGAGUUCAAUUUCCUCUUCACGUCCUCGAACUUUGCAUCCCCCCCUGAACAGAGGUCCAAGGAUACCAUUAUGAAGCUGCAAACGGAGCCUGGCGAAGCCCGGAAAAUUCGGCAUGUGAACUUCAUGCCGGGGCGCGACCUCGUGCUGCGCUGGCGUGCCGAUGCCAUGGAUGAGAAACUCUGCGAUGACUUCUCCGUCUCCACCUUGGGCUCGGCACCGGAUCUGCCCGCCGAUGCGGCUGCGGCACACGCACGAAGUCCCAUCCGGCCGAAGUCCCAUCUGGUGGCAUCCAAAGGCUCCAAGCAGGUGAGGUUUCUCCUCGAUGACCACGGAGGAGUUGAGACACCAACGAACGAUCGCAACAACGGGCAGCUGAUUCCAUCGCAGAUGACCUUGGCACAGUUUUUUGGGCCUGCAACAUGCUGGCUAAGCGGCAUCAGCAGAAGGUAUCCCAGAGUGAAAACAUGGGUUGCUUGUGGAGGUAGUCCCACCGGCACGGUCUGCAUGGUCAAAGGAUCGUGGCAUGCCUCUGAGACUCGGCUCAACCAGCUCAGUUUUUGUGACAUGCCAAUGUUCUUCUGA